GCCAAGCACCUUGAAGUUCAUUACUUUCCAUUGUAUCGACCAAGCAUCCUUUUUGCUUCUCUCCCACUCCGGCUGCCAACCUCGCGACGCGGACGAAUAUCUGCGGGGUAAAUCGAACCGCGACAAAAGAUUUCGGAUAUUUGCAGGCUUCCGGGCUGAUUAGCGAUCGAGUCGAGGGGAUACGGUCGGCGACUUUUAGCGGCUGAAGCUGCGAUAGCUCGACGAUUGAAAGAGAGUGGACAACAGCGGUGCGAAGCGCGAGCGACGAUCGAUCUGGAUUGAAACGAGGGAUUUUGAUACGGUUGAGACGAAGGAAGAAGGAUUGAGAGGGUUUCUUUUGGCAGCAUCUCCUUACGGGAAGGCGGCCUUCGACGUGGUAGCUUUUGAGCUGAGAUACGCCAAAUCCUCACUAUAUCGACCACCUUCCGGCCAGUUACGUUGUGAAUCAUCCCACGACUACAACUUGUUGCGCCAGGCUUUGGAUAGUCCAUCUUCCUGACGCCACUACAAACGUCCCGCAAGGAAAGUCACGAGCUUCGGAAAGACCAUAUCCUACGGCAUCGACUGCCCCCCACUAUAGCCCAUCAUGUCUUCCCUUCUUGAAAAGCAGAAGGCGAUGUUCAGCAGCUCGCUGGCCUCGGCCGCGAGCAAGCUGCAAUCCAAGAGCACGUCUCUCGCGCCGCCGUCACCCUCCCCGUCCGUCAGCAGCAUGGCGUCAGCAUCCAAGAACGACACCACCGCAUCGGGCAAGCGGAAGCGCGACCCCAAUGCAAUUGUGUACUCGCAGCCUCAGAACACUAGUUUUGGUCAGGAGGUCUUUACGCAGAUGCAGUAUGCGCUGGAGUGGCUCAAGGGCAAGGACGAGCCCAAGACGGCGACCGAGAUCUUUGACCACCUGGGCCAGACGCGCAGCACCGACAAGCACAAGCAGCAGCUGGUGGAGGGCAUGCGGCGGCACCCGCGCAUCCAGUGGGUGCCCGACCCGAAAAUGUCGGAGCAGACGUGGCGGACGGGUACGUACGUCCACCGGCCCAUUAUCCCCGGCGUCAAGGACAAGAUGACGCUCCUGCGGCACCUGCAGAGCAAGCGGGACGCCGAGGGGACCAACGUCAAGGACCUCAAGGACGGGUGGCCCGACUGCGACCAGGCGCUGAUGGAGCUGGAGCGCGAGCACAAGAUCCUGAUUGUCAAGACCAAGAAGGAGCAGCACCCGCGCGCCAUCUGGCUCGACGACGCGACGCUGCACCACCACGUCGACGACGAGUUCAAGCGCAUGUGGAACGUUGUCGAGGUCCCCUCCACCGAUGACAUUGUCAAGAAGCUUGUUUCCGUGGGCCAGAAGCCGGCCAGCGCCGACCCCAGCACGAUCAAAAAGGUCGACUCCAAGAAGCAGCAGAAGAAGCGGGCUGUUAGGCGCACCGGCAAGACGACGAAUACGCACAUGGAGCAUCUGCUCAAGGAUUACAGCCACAUGGUGAAGCGGUAGACACGGGCUACCUAGUGUUUAUAUACAGGGAAAUGCAUUUUCGAAACGGCGUUUUGGGUUUGGACGGCGGAGAGAGAGACGACGAACGGGCAGACACACUUUAUUUGGCAAAGACCUGGGACAGGUAUUGCUGUCCUUUUUUCCGUGUCUAGUUCUUUUUCCCUUAUAGAUGGAUGGGCAGGUUCGCGGUGGGUCUUUGUGCCGCAGUCAAUGCAGGACACGCAUUUCACUUGUGCAGGAGGCAGAGAAACUAAGAAACUUACACCCCAAAACGAAGGACAGAAGAAGAAUGAUGAAUAUCCA